UAUACCCAUUCACCGUGCACCGUGUUGCAUUUGAGCCGCAAUUAAUCGAAUUUUAUAUUCAAAUUGGUCAAACGCCAAAAGAAAGUUAUUGUUGUGGAAAACGGAAAAAGAAACAUAACCUUCCCAAAGAAACGCCAAUGCAAAAAAAAAUCGCGUGGGCACACGCCAAAGUGAGCGAACCAAAAUGGAUCAAACCGUCGUACAAACUAGUAUAAAAGAUUUCUAGUUGCUUGAGUUAGACAUCAGUUUUAGUCAAGCAUUCCUACUGCACAGUAAACUAUUAACAGGAGAUCCAAGAUGUUUAAGAUCAUCGUUCUGGUUGCCUGUCUGGUCGUCGUUGCUUCUGCUCAGUUCAAUGGAGGAGAUCACGGCCACCACGAGGACUAUCAUCAUUCGUAUCCGAAGUACAAGUACGAAUACGGCGUCAAGGACCAUCACACCCACGACCACAAGAGCCAGUGGGAGCAGCGAGACGGUGACCACGUCAAGGGACAGUACACUCUGGAUGAAGCCGACGGAACCCACCGGAUCGUGGACUACAGCUCAGAUCACAAAACCGGAUUCCAACCUCAUGUCCAACGUAAAGGACAUGCUCACCACCCGCACGGUGAGAGCUAUGCCAACAUCGAACAGCACUACUAGGGACAAUGUGGCAAGGACUGAAUUACAUCGAAGAUGUCUUAUGAACAGUUUUGAUCGUAUAAAGCCAAAAAUUGAUUAGUAAAAGUUUCAUUCAUUUAAAUUUAUAUUCUUUUCCUUAUUUUCCAUCUUACGACAUUAAAAGUCUGUUGACAAUCAUCGCAUUUGUAAACGCAAAAUUAUGCUGUAGUUUUUUGGAGACGGGUGUAGCGUAAUGGGUUAGUCGAUACCUUUCUUGCAUGCAGCUCACCUAAGUUCGAUUCCCAAUCCCGCACAUAGGGUUAGAAAAUUUUUCUGUCACAAAAAAGCGAAUGACAUUAAGGAUUAAACCUCUACCAGUUUAACUACCACAGUAUGUGUUGUAAGAAAAGCAAUCGUUACUUUUUGCCCAGGUGUUGGGUAAGUUGUUAGUUACGGGUGGUGGACCUUGUUCUAUAGGGGAUACUGAUGGCUUCGUUGAAAAGGAUGCUUCAUUGUUGUUGAUGGCUGCUUCCGAUGUACUGAGGUUUUUUUGGGGUUGGUGUGGAGGGAGCGCUGUUGUCCUUUGGUGCAGAAGUCUUUAGUUUUUGGCAAUAUUGACAUGUGGCCAUCUGAUUGUCAUAGGUAACAAGUGACUUGCACGGAACCCUUGUAUCUUGGCCGAAAAUAACAUAAGAAGGUAAAGCCUUGAUCAAGCGCAUGCGUAACAAACGUACCCUAUUUAGAAAACCGGGGAAAAAGCUCUUCCACUUUUCUUUUUCGAUGGAACGAAUCUCUCCAUAU